AGAUGGCUUCGAAUGAAGGAAACCAAGCGAUCAACACAGAAAAGACAUUUGACAGCAACUUGGAAAACUUUCAGCCCGUUACAGAACAACCGUUUGUGAGCAGCAGUUUAGUUCAACAACAAGGGGAGCCUGUUAGUUCCUAUAAUGUGCCAGAAGGACCAGAAAGCGCGAAAGACAACGAUCAAUCACCUGGUAUGAGCUUCCAGAUUCUCUCAAAUUUUAUUCUUUAUGUUAGCUUCUACCAUCUGUGAAAUAGGAGAAUUGAGAUUUUAACCGUGCCCCUUAACCGCAGCUUCUUGAAGUAAUUCUUGUGUGACCGAAAUGGGAGUUUAUCCGGUCAUGGAGUUCAAGAACUUACUUUCGAACGAACAAGUAUUAGUUGAAACUGACGGCUUGCUUUGUGCGUCAGUACGCGUAUCAAGUUGUGUUCGAACCAUCGAUCUCCCUUGUCUGUUCUUUAUGUGGUCACUCUCCGCGCUAUUCUCACGAAGAAGCUUAGCUAGCGUAAGUUGAUCAAUUUCUUUCCAAUCCUUAGCUUCUUCGUAAUGAACGAAAAGUGAUCGAUGGGAUGUUUUUGUGUGGCCUUUAAAAAGAGUUUUAAAAUUAUUAGAGUUGUGUUGUCAUUGGAAGAUUAAUCGCCUAGACAUUAAAGGUUUAGUUUUCGUGGCUAAGAGAAACUUAAGCUUGUACUAAAAGUGCAGAACCAAAGUGCGUUCAGAUCUUAAAUUCACAGAUUGUGAUGUUCAUCACAAAUAAUUAACUUCUCAGUUAAAAACCGUGGGGCGAAUUUAAUACGAAUACAUCCAACAUGUUAUUUCUGCUUCCUCUUUGGACUCGCGAAACGAGUUCAGGUAUUGGUGGACAUACUUGUAAUAUAUUGUUGUGAUCAAUACCCUUUCAUAAGUGCCGACAGCAUACAAUAAAGGCGAAUCACACACAGCCUCUUUGACCUUUUUAAAUUCAAAGCUGCAAUUUUCUUACCAAAACGUGUACAAAUUUGGUUUUGGCAUAUUUGCAGAGCAUUAUGUGUUUUUUCAAAUUUUUAGUCAGUGGGUGCAUAAAGAAUCUAGCCAAUAACAUUUUCAUACAGAUACCCCUGAAAACAAGCAGGAAAUCAGAACAAGUUUUUGGGAGCUGUUACGCAGCUGUCUGUAUCAGGGAUUUAGAUGGCCUGUAACACAGGAGAUUAGAGGAGGAAGGAAGAUGGGUAUUCUCGUCAAACUAUUUGAAGAUAAUACCCAUCUCUUGUGUGUUAUUUAAUGCCACACACAUCCUACACCUGUUUGGAGAAAUUUCAGUGUAUCUGGGCUUUGUUUGAGGUGCAAGCUAGCAUGCAAUUGUCGCAUAAUAUUUUUGAAUCACUUAUUCAUACCCCAAGUACUAAUAUGUGCUUACAUCGAAGUCUUGCAGUUAUGGCUCAAGUGAUAAAUGCAUGUGAAAUGAAUUUUGUUGGCCAAACGACAUGUCUGGACAAGCGAAGGAUAAACUUUUUUAAGGGGAAUAUUUCUUGUGCGGGUCAUACAAUCACCCAGACGUGCCCUUCAGCACUUUCUAACCCCUAUACAGGGUAAAAACUAUAAAUAUCAUGGUUCAAGUUUGACAUGUAUUUGGUUAAAGUUUAACCAAUAAUCUGAAAUCAAAACUUUGUUCGUGAUACUUUCUGGGAUCAAGCAAAGAAAUCUGGCUACUUAGUUUCACUUGUCUGGUACUGGUGGAUCUCUCCCCUGACAAUACUCCCUUCCUUAGGUGUCAAGAAUGUCAUACACUGUAAGUGUGUCCAAAAUAAUGGAAAUUAUUAAGGUCGCAUAAAUUAGUGCUCCACUUAAUUAUCGGCAGAGAAAUUAACAUUUUCAAGUCGAAUUAAGGCAGCAUAAAUUAACUGGAAUUUUUAUAAUUUGCAUUAAUUUCUUGAAGUGUUAAUUUCCUGUAAUAAGGUAAUUUAAUAUUACAUCUUUUACAGCCUCGUCCUCUUCAGAAGAUGAUGAUAACGAUUCAGAGUAUCAGGUAUCAAGUAGUGCACCAAACACAAGUGCUCUAGAGACACUAGUACGCACUGCUUGUGAGAGUCUUGCAGUCUCCACUCUUCUUGCUGGAAGCUCAUCAGGCACAGUUGACACACUUAAUGUACCUGGACAACAGACGCCAUCUAAGGAUCCUGCUGUAGCCAGAUCUACUAGUGACGCUGGAUCUUGUCAAGUGCCUAGCUCAAGCAGUGUGUCCAAUCUUUUCCCAGCAUCUACUAAUGCUCUUGAUCAAGCUUCUUCCGACGAUGCAGUUUUUAGCGUUAUAUUUGGGCACAGCAGGGAACAGAAUGUUGCAGAAGGUACUCCUGAAGGACAGCCAGGCAGUUCGUCAUCUUCCAAAGAUUUCCAGGAAUCAGCAUUAGAUUUAGCUCAGCAAAGUCUACAAGACAUUGAAGAUGCAGAGGUUGGUGAAAACACUUCUUCAUUAUCUUUUUUCACUUUUGUAUGUUAUUUAGUAAAAAAUGAAAUAUUUAUUUAAACACAUGUUAAUAUUAUUGACUAAUAACAAUAAUGCAUUCUGAUCAAAAUAAAAGUUAUUUAUUUUUUUGUUUUCUUAUAGUGUACAUGUAUUUAAUAAUGGUACUUAAACUUACAAUGGUUUAUAUUUUUUUGACCAGGAUUUUCCUGUGUAAAAAGAUGAGCAUUUCUCUUUCAUUAAUUUUACUCUGAUUAAUUUAUAUUUGUUUGUUUGUUUUAUUAUUUCUGCUUCAAAGGUCUCGGCAGAAGACUUAGAGAAGAGACGAGCUAGUGAACGCGAAAGAAAAAGAAAACCUGUGAGAUUUCAGUCACCAGAAGAUGAAUUUAAGAUAAAAAAGAAAAGAAAAAGAAGACUUAAUCCUCUUCUCAGAGUCCCUCGGCGUGAUCCUGCCACCCCAUUCAAGUGCGACUUAUGUGGUUCUCCAUACGUUAUUAAUCCUUCAAGGCGUGGAAACAGACCUAAGCUGUCUACCCAUCAACCUAGUCCCAGGCACAAGGUUGAUCCAACCACAGGAAAGACACUUACCCUCUGUAAUGCAUGCGGUGAGUAACAUGGAACCUCGAUGUAACAACUAUACAACAAAGUCCUUGGUAUAACAAAUGAUUUUCUUUAUCCCAGUAAAAUAAAUUAUGUGGAAAAGGACCUUGAUAUACAGUGUAUUGAAAACGUAACCUUGCUAAAGGGAUACAUGAAUAGCAAUAAAAAAAAUUCCAUUAUUUACUCUCAGCAGUAUUUAUAGCACAAAUGCUAGUGGGGUCAAGCAAAUGCCUGAAACAAAUAAUUUAAAUCAAACAUGAUGGGAUUAAGAAUCCCGACUGGCCAGAUGUAAACCAGUUGGCUAUUUACAAAGGUGGUCGAGGAUUUAAACUUGGAGCUACUGAGAACAAAUCUAGCUAGCAGUCGGGAUGAGACUCGAACACAGUGCCUCCGAAAUGCAAUUCCAGGGCUCUAACCACUUGGCCAUGCUUCCUCCUCCAUAUAUGUAGAAAAAUCCAAAAAGUACAUUGUACGUGUGCUUCUUACAUUGUAUGAACCUCUUUAGUUCAAGGCUCAGAACCAGCAAUUUUAAUGUACUAUUGAUACUGAUAUCAAUAUUGAUUUACUGUUUGUUUUAGGGUUGUCAUUUGAUCGACCCAAGAAGCAAAGGAAAGAGCGUGCUGAGCCUGAUCCUGAAGAAAAGAGAAAAUAUCAAGAGGAAGCAAAUCAGUUUGCUUUGUCUUUGGUGGAGGGACUUGGAGACCAAGAUGGUAAAGCUUCAUGCAAACGGAUGCAACAUUGUUGGCUAACAACUCCUAACAUUGUUGGAUGUUAAGGAGUAGGGUUUUUUGCUGGUCGACCUUGCGAAAACAUUGUGCCGCCAACCCUACUACAUGUACUUGUUACAUGUUGGGUCUGUUUGCACACCCUGUUGGGAGUUGUUUCAUUCUUUUGCACACCACUGCCAACACGUUGUUGUGUCUGUUUGCACAUACCUUAAUAUAAACACCUAAUCAGCAUGCAAAGAAAGUAGUGUUGAUAGCUUGAAGCUGGUGGAUUUUGCCAUCAGGCUAAUGAAUUCUUUCCUUAACUUGCCCGACAGUGACGUUUUUGGGGGAAAUUCAAAUUACAGAAGAACUGUAAUUAAUCCUCCUCAUCAAAAAGGUUUUUGGGCUACACUGUACAAGUCAUUGUACUGAAAUGAAAUGUUUUGGGCUACUGCAUGCUACAGUGUAACUACAGUUUGCCCAAUGGCAAGCUGUAAAACUGACCCUGGUGUGUUCAAACAUUUUAAAAGUGCAAAUUUGGUUCCAUUACAAAAGUAACCAAUUAAUACAUGGACACUGCAUACUUUAUGCUCUUUUGACCUGGGCAGAGAAUCACAGUGUAGUCUAUUUGUUGAAUUUGUUUUUUGAGAGUAAGUCAAGCUACCAACUGUUUCAAUUCUUGAUUUGAAAAUCAAGAUUCUUUUCAAGUAUAAGUAUAGAGUCAUGUAACGUCUGGAGGACCAAAGCAUGCAUGAGUGACUGUCAAUUUUAGAUGCGAGCAGUACUGAAUUCGAAUAUAGUUGUAGUUGAAUUUUAUGUAAAAAUGAUGGGAUCUUCCAUGUACAUGGUAUAAUAUGGUACCACCCUUCUUUCUCUGUUUUUCAGCCGAAAGGCUCUGCUGUCCUCAUUUUAAAUUUAGAGCGUGUGGCUGUUUGCAGAGCUAUGUUAUUGGGGAUGGUAAGUACUUACAUGUAGUGUACAUGAAGUGAGUGAUUUUGUCUUCUAUUAAGUAAAAUAUAGUUUCUAUAAUGUAAAUUAGCAGGAUUUCUUUUGCUUCCGUACCUUUUGCAGUUAUAUAGCUGCUAGCAGCCUUAUUUGGUAAUAGCGUAAAGGUGAACUUUUAUCAAUACUGCCAUCAUUUCAGUAGCUUGCGAACGCAGAUGAAUUUCCAGUCGUUGGUUCUUACCACCCAAAAAGUAAGUUUUCAGGUGAAGAGUUCUAAGAGACAACCAGAAAAAAAAUUGCGUUUGCAGGCAUUAUUUCAGUUGGAACUUUAUUUAAUGUUAGCAAUUUUUUAAAUUUUGUUUGACCCUGCACUAUUGUAUUUUGAAAACAGUGCUUUAAGACUGGCUAGUUUUCUAUUGUUUUUUUGUUUUUUUGAUUCAAUGAACGUGCAGUAUUAGACUAAUCUUUGGUGGUGCAGGUUCAAAAAUGUUUUGGACCCUUUACUCCCCUUAAGAGUAACUUUCUUGAAUCAGGUUUCUUAAAAUAAUGCAAGGGUGUAUUGAAUAGUCAAUCACUUUUGAGUCCCAGUAAUUAAGUGAUUGUUGUUGCCAAAGUAUAUGCCUUCAUGGAGGGCAAACAACUAUUAAAUUUGAGGAAUUAAAAGAGAGAGUUUUAAUUUUUGUUGUUGUACAUGUAUCAUCUAAUGCUCAGUAUGUCCUGUUUAUGAGAACACAAAGCAAAACUCUUUUAAGUCUCUCAGUUUAAAUAUAUAUUUCGAUUUUGUUGUCUGUGUAAAUUUAGGCAGUAACAUGCAAGAGUCACGGGAUCGAGCCAAUGAUAUGUUGCAGCUGCUCAAGAAAGCGAAAGAACUCAGCUCUAAAAAGUGCUACAACAUUGAGGAAGUAAGAAACCAAGCCAAAACAUCAAAGAGGUAAGUAAGGCUGUAUUAGAAAACAAUACGAAAAACACACUGCUGCGAGGCAUUAGCUGAUUAAAGGUAAUAAUUAUCAAAAAAUAGCGUUCGUGGCCAAAAAUUUAUUGUAAAAGUUUAUUUGUAUGGGUAUAUUUAUGAAAUGCAUUAGCAAACAAAAAUACUAUAAAAGUUGCAAUAAAAAUUACCUUAUCUUACUUCCGUGGUGUAUUACUUGUUGUCUGUGCUCUAAUUAUCCCAAUUCAAGACGAUUUUGGCCAGUUUUAGAGUGGAAAACCAAGAGAUCUACAAGUCGCCAAAAUUGCCUUGAAUUGGAAAAGUAUGGCACAGACAACAAUUAAUACACCAUGGAACUAAGAGAAGGUAUUUUUUGUUGAGAAUUUUUUUCUCGUUUUGUUUUCUAAAGCAUAUCGUAAAUAUCCCUGCACUAUUUAUCUCUAAUGACUCACAGCUUAAGCUUGGGUGGCCUGUGAUUAUACAAGUACUCAGGUACACCCUAAUUACACACACUUGGGAAAUGUAUUAGGCUGGCCACUGUAAAUUUUACGCAGUGUUACAGUGUUGUCUUUGUCCGAAAUGCCUUAGCCAGUGCUCUUUCUGCUUUUUAGGUCUAAGAACAUUGGACUUGGUAAUGGCCAAAGAAAGUCCAGUGAAUUUGAAGAAUUUGUACUGGAAAAGAGGAAGUACCUCAGGAAUGACGUAAAGCUUUGUGAACGGGCCACUCAGCGAGUGCUCCUUUAUUCCAACAAUUUCUUGCACAAGCGACUCAAGACAGACCCUACGGUAAGCUAAAAGUAUGAUGCCUACUUCUUGAUACUGUUGUCAGUUAGAGGAAAGUGAUGCUAGGGUUUUUGAUAAUGUCUGCUGAGUUGUGCCCAACUGUGAUUCUUUUGUCACAAAAUCGAUCUAUCCUACAUAAAUUUUGACACGGCUACGUUAGUCCUAGUUGUAUGUCAUAGCAGGUCAUCCUUUCCUGCUAUAUCUUUUUAAGCAGGAUUAUUCAUUUUAUUGUGUAAUUUAUGUUAUUAAUUAUUUAUUUAUCUAAUAUGCUGCAACUAAAAAUAACAGUGCUGACCAAUUCACGUGCAUGGGAAACCGUUGGGAAUUGAAACUAUAGAUGUAAUAUAUCAAGCGUGAGACGCAGUGUUUCAUCACAAGAUGAAACACUGAGAAGAGAGCUAAAAAUACAACGCGCGGCGGAGUAUUUUUGACGAAAUUCGAGGUGUUUCAUCUGGUGAUGAAACACUGUUUCGAAUGCUUGAUAUUAUUUCUCAAACGAAGUGAUUUAAAGAGGAGAAAUUAAAUGAGAAGUUUUUAUCUUAUUUCCAAACACUCACAAACAUUUAAAUUUAGAGGUAAAAUAGACCAAAUUUAACGCUCAACUUUGUCCUUAUUAAUAUUUAUAUCACUGAACGAUUGGCCAUAGUCUCUCAAGGAAUUUGUUUGUUUGUUUGUUGCUGCUGUUGUUAUUGUUGUAUUAUUUUUACUAUUAUUCCCAGACUAAAAUAAGAAGUCGUUAGUUAAUACCUUCUGUAUACAUGUAUACGAAUCGCUUAAUACAAGCAUAUGCAGCUUACUUAUUAGGUUAUUUUCUUUUCCAGAAACCACUUCGUGUCGAAAGACAAAAAGGAAAAGCUGCUCUUGGAAAAUUAAGAGUGAUCGAAGAUCUCCCUAAAGAGCGAUGCUGUGUGGAUAAUUGCGUCAUGGUGAGUUGUGAGAUAAAAAGAAAGAAAGAUCCCACGAAAGCUGAGUCAUCAUGCAGGAAUACACAGAUUAUUUUGCGAUCCAUUUGAGCAUGAAUGUCGAAGAGCUGUUAAGUGGCCACUUCGGCGAAGACACAACACAAGUGGCAGCUUAAGAUACUUGUUUGUUGGUAGUGAUUGACUGACGAUUUUAUCCACCGUGACUCUGCUUACCGAUCGAGGAACAGAGGUUGGCUGGUUAACUGAAAACCGCUUAGUAGAGGUUUGACUGUAUCAUAUAAAGGCAUAAAGGAGAGUUGCAGAUAACAUUUGGUCAUCGGACAAUGUCUCACCAACAUUAGCGUUCGAAGAAACCCUAUCCGCGAUUAGUCUGCUACACAACCGUUUUUAGUGUCGUCACUCAGCGCUCCUCCCCACAAGAGGAACAAAAAUUUGAACCAAAAAAGGGAACUACAUUGUAAAAUUUGAACCAAGGAUAAAAUUGAACCACACCAUCCUAGCAGCCUCAAUAAUCAUUCGAUUUAGGUAGUGGAGAUUACUGAGAGGGUACUAAACUAGGCCUCUUAUUCUUACAACAGCAUUUUUUAAAUUUACAGAUUGCUCUAACACAUGCAAACCUUCUAAAGCAGUGGCGUGACAGAGCCAUCUCUGGGCAGACAGAGGCGCGGAGAGUUCUUGCCGAAAUGCUCACCCCUUCCGGCGGGGCUCGGUCCAAUUGUUACAAGUUCAUCUCUUGGGUAACAGGUUGCAGUCAUAGUACUAUCGGCAGAGUCAACGAACAGAUGAAGGAAACAGGCAAGUGUUUUUUUUCUGUUAUCACAAGGGUAUACCUGAACAUCGUUUUAGGUAACAUCUAUUUGAAAGUCUUCUGAUUGGGGUGAAAUUUUCACUCGGUAAUGUUAAUUAAACGGGGGGUUUCGUAAACGCCUUCGACACUUAAGUGCAGUAGAGCCUCGAUAUAAAGAUCCUCUUUAUAGCGAAGUCCUCCGUAUAACGAACGAUUUUCUUUACCCCAGUAAUAGUAAAUAUAUGAAAAAAAAAAAAAGCUCGUUAUAGCGACGUUCCACUGUAGGGACAUACAAAGCUGCAGGUUUAUCGUUUUAAGUCACGUCCACAUUAAUUUUGGAAACGCAUAAGUGUAGGGGUGGCCAUAAAUUAGACUGUAUGACCUCUGAAUCAUUCUUUCUGGGCAAAUGCCUUGUAAAGCAAUAACCUUCCCCAAACUAAAUAGAAACAGAAUACAUGACCGGCCAAUUGAAUCUAUUGUUCCACAGUUCAUCCAAGAAAAUGUGUUAAUCACGUGACCGUACGCCCAUCCGUUUAGCAAACAAUCAAGUCAAUUUUAAACUGGAUUCAAUUUACCUGUUAUUCUCUUUUACCUGGGAUCUUAGGUGGAGAUCGUGAACCUCCAUCCCAUGGCCUCAUAAAAUGGUGGCAGCUGAAUCCCAAACCCAAGAAACCAAAACUGAAACCAGUAUCCCAGCAACCCGUGCAAGCUGAAACAGUGCAACAAGUGGCCUUGCAACAGAUCCAACAGACUUUGCCUCAGGUCAAUAUUUUACAAGCCGCAGUCAGUUCAGCAGGCCUAUCAGCUGUUAUGAUGCAACCCGCAGUAUCGUCGGCAAUUCCAGCUCUGACCACUGUAAACACAUCACAACUUGCGCAGACUCAGUUGCUGCCAACUGUCACCUUCACUAAUGGCACUAUUCAGGUGCAGUCAGCACCCAUUCAGGUCAGUUUUUUCAGUGUUACCCCUUUAAGCCCCGAUAUCCACUUACUAAUUCUCAAGAUUGAUCUCCAUACAGUACCUCAAUUAAUUAGUUGAGAGAAUUUGAUCAAAGAUCAACGCAUUCUGCCUUUGGUCAUCGUUGUCUUAAAUCUUAUCACUUAUAUCGUUCAGAGAAAAUUGAUGUUGGUCACUGGUUUUUUCUUAAGUAGCUCAGCUUGACAUGCCUAUUUCUUAAACGCAUUCUGUAAAAAGAGCUGAAUUUACGCGCAGCUUUAAAGAAGUGCUUCCAUCAAAUUACAGCCAACUCUCCCUACUACCCAAACCCAUCCUACCAGAAAGAGUGAGUCAUUUCAGUACUACACGAAUAUACGCACUCAGUGCACUUAGUAAUCACAGUGAUAGCGAAGUAAGCGACUGUCUUCAAAUAUCCUCCCUCGCACGUUUCGGAAACACACAUAACGCCGCGUGUGCUUAAAAGAGCAUUUUCCAUAUUUCAAAAGCGCCGACCUCAAACUGAGUUGCCUUGAUUCCCCCCCCCCCCCCCCCCCCCCCCCCCCCCCCCCACGUUUUUUUUAACCCCCCCCCCCCCAAAAGAAGGCGCCCCACAGGGGGGGGACGACCCCCCCUCUAAUAAACCACCCCGCCGCCGGCGCGCCCUUUCUCCGCCUCCUCCCCCCCUCCCCCGCCUGCAUCCUCCCCCCCCCCCCUCCGGCGCGCACACCCGAUCCCCAACCCUUUUUACAAACACAAAUCCGCGCCGGUUUGUUAAAAAGCCCUUUUUCAAAUUUUCAAACGCCGCCCCCACAAACAGUUUCCCCUUUUUCCCCCCCCCCCCCUCCCCUCCUCCCAAAUGAGUAAUUUUUAAACGCCUCCCCCGAAUAAGAGGGGUACCGAUCCAGGGGAAAGCAGCCUCCUUUCGAAUUACACCGCCCUUGCGCGCCUAGUCUCCUUCGCAGCCGUUUGGCCCGGAGUCACGCAUUGCUCCUCGCCCCCACUACAGGGCUCGAACCACGUCCUGUUGAUCAAAACUGUAAAACAUGAUAUGUUUCAAUCUUUGGUUAAAAUUAAUUUUUACAGCUCCAAACAACCCAAGUGCCUCAAGUUCAAGUACAAGUCCAGCAACAGCUACAACAGCAGCAACUUCAGUACCAACAACAGAUUCAACAGCUUCAGUAUCAACAGCUUCAGCUGCAACAACAGCAACAGCAGAUUCAACAACAACUACAACAAACACAGCAGCUACAGCAACAGGCAUCACAGCAACUACAGGCUCAUGUAAGUUAUCGCGGCUACUGUUGCGUGACGGUUUGGGUUGUCACGCAACAUUUUGUGCCCGGAAAUGGUUGGGGGAAAAACCAUCAUAAUAGAAACCUUAAGUUUCGAGGACGAAGACGACUAUCCUCCCACGCAGACGUUCUUAGGGUUCGUCACGCGUUCAUGCCCCACAAACGUCUGCUGAAACGAGCGGUAAAUUCCUUUCCCAUUGUUCGCAAAUAUCAGCUGGAGCUCACGUGCUGACUGUUGGAGAACCAAUCGACGCUAUUGAAGUCAGCCAAACACGACGUGCAAGCUCGAUAGAGUGUGAUACAUGACCAAAGAGUCUUACUCCGGACAAGAAUGUAGGCUAUAAGGGUUGGCUUUUUGUGUAUUUCUCUUUGUGCGAAAGUGUACGAGUUAACCGAGUAGUUUGUUCUAAAAGUGUAAGUUCUUCACCUUUCAUGAGACCUUGCUGAUCUUUUCUAAAGUCUCGCGCGAAAUUUCUCCGGGUCCAAAGUGCACUUCCCAGAUCUGGGUGUGUUGUUCUUGGUCUACGUUCUUUUUCGUCUUUUUUCGGCAGACGUUUGUGGGUCAGGAACGCGUGAUAAAACUUGUAAAACCAAAUUGUGCAAAUUUGAACCUUGUUUGUUGUUGAUUUUCUUUACCAGGGGACAAAGUAUUUUCUCCUCUCCAUUCACACUUAAAUUUCACAGGUUGAAUUUGGUUUUGAUGCUAUUUCAUGUCGUAGGGUUCACUUUUCGACUCAAUCUAAUCCGAUCGAUUUUAGGCACUGGUACCAGACACCUUUUGUUUAGAACAUGGCCAACUCGUGCAAUUAGUAAAAGUGCUCAAAAUCCUCCGUAUCAUGAGACAUUUUAAUGGAAUAACCUCUACUUGUUUUCAGGUUGUCCAUCAGAUCCAACCCGUACAACAGAUACAGCAAGCAACUACUCAGCCGCAACAGCAACCCCAACAAGGAGCGCCACCACAGGCACAUCAACAGCAACAAACACCUCAACAAGCAACACAAGCUCAGCCACAAACAGCACAGCAAUCGGAAUCGCAAGAAACACAAACCAAUGCCACCAUUGCUUUAGCGACGACAAACGCGCUAACCACUGCUACCCUACAAGGAAAUCUGACAGCCACCCAGGCAACCCCGCUGAACACUGAAGGCCUGUUUACCGCGGACGCAUUUCAGAUCCUCAGUGCUGUGCAACCUCAAGUUGUGACGCUUCCAGUCUCGCCCCAGUCUACAGUGGCCCAGGCCGUACCUGUAUCUCUGAUCCAAACUCCUAACGGACAACAGGCUCUGCAAUAUACUGGGAAUUAA